AAUUCUUCUUUCUCUAGGUCACUUGGUAUUCUUGACUUGAUGAAAAAAGACAAUGGUUCUAAGGUGACAGAAUUUGUUCUUCUGGGUCUGUCAUCAUCCUGGGAGCUACAGCUAUUUCUCUUCUUAAUAUUUUUGUUGUUUUACAUAGCUAUUGUGCUGGGGAACCUCUUGAUAGUGGUAACAGUGAGAGCUGAUGCCCACCUGCUCCAGUCUCCUAUGUACUAUUUUUUGGGCCAUCUGUCCUUCAUUGACCUAUGCCUGAGCUGUGUUACUGUGCCCAGGAUGUUAGGGGAUUUCCUACAGCAGGGUAAGAUCAUCUCUUUCUCAGGAUGCCUGGCCCAGAUCUACUUCCUGCACUUUCUGGGAGCCAGUGAGAUGUUUCUGCUGACAGUCAUGGCCUAUGAUAGGUAUGUUGCCAUAUGUAAUCCUCUGCAUUACCUGAUAGUCAUGAAUCGCCAGCUAUGCCUUCAGUUGGUUUUUGCCUGCUGGUGUUGGGGUUUCAUCCACUCUAUAACACAGGUUGCACUGGUCAUCCAGCUUCCCUUCUGUGGCCCCAAUGAACUGGACAACUUCUACUGUGAUGUCCCACAGGUCAUCAAGCUAGCCUGCACGGACACAUUCGUGGUAGAGGUGCUGAUGGUCUCGAACAGUGGUCUGCUAUCUCUUAUUUGCUUCUUGGUCUUACUAUUCUCUUAUGCUGUCAUCCUGAUCACCCUGAGAACUUGCUUCCACCAUGGCCAGAGCAAGGCACUCUCUACCUGUGCCUCCCACCUAAUAGUGGUCAGCCUGAUCUUUGUGCCGUGUGUAUUCAUCUACCUGAGGCCUUUCUGCAGCUUCUCCAUGGAUAAGGUAUUCUCCAUCUUUUACACAGUGAUCACACCUAUGUUAAACCCCCUCAUCUACACACUCAGAAAUGCUGAUAUGAAGACAGCUAUGAAGAAGCUGAGAAAAAAGCAUGUGGCAUCCUUCUGCCACGUUAAAGGAUGA